AUGCCGAUUAACUCGCUUGAAUCCUACUUAUUUGAACGUAAAUUAGCUGGCACUGGCUCAAUUGAAAUAUUAACCAACUCAGUUAUUGGUAUUGAUGUGGAACAUUAUUUGAGUAGAAUUUAUACUUACAAAAAGGAACAAGCCUUACCUGCCAUUGGAGGUAUUCCUACAUCAUUAAGAGAUUAUAUUCAAUCUGAUUUACAAACAUUUCAAGAAUUCAACAUUAAACCAAUAUUCGUUAUUUCGGGGUUAAAUACUCAAUUGCAGAUGAAAAAUUACAAAACAAAUGAAUUAAGCAACCAUGAACAACAUUUAGAAAGCGUUUGGAAAAGAUUGGUCAACAAAGAUCCCUCACAUUUACAUCAUUCACAUAAUGCAAUUAUUGAAAAUUUUCGAACAUUUAAUGAACCUUUACAAAUGAGAACAUUGAUCAAUGAUAUAAUUAAAAUGUUUUUAGAGUUUAAGGUUGAUUAUUUGGUCAGUCCUUAUGAUGCAAGCUUUCAAUUAAGCUAUUUAUACAACAAUAAAAAUAUUGAUAUAAUCUAUGGAUCUACUGAUUUGUUGUUGACUAGAGUUGAUAAAUUUAUUUUGGGAAUGGAAUUUCAAAGCAAAGACUUCCGAUUCAUCAACAAAAAUAAAGUACUUCAAGAAUUAAAUUUGAAUGAAAGACAAUUUUUAGAUUUAUGUUUAAUGGUGGGAUGUAAUUUACAACCAGAAACAUUCCCAAUCUUCCCACCUAUUCCAAAGCCAAAUCCAUUGCAACCUUAUCCACAAUUGAGUUACUUUAAGAUUGGUUUGGAUAUGCUGUAUCAAUAUGCUCAAUUUAGUAAUGAUACUUCAAGUUUAUUGGGAUACAUUAUGAGCUUGAAUAAUAAUAAAGUAUUGGAUUUGUACUAUAGGGGUGUCUCUGUUUUGAAAUAUGUUCCAAUUAUUAACGAAGAAGGUUAUGUUGAAUUAUAUAAUGUUGCCAUGGCCAAAUUGGGAAUCACUGGUAACAUUGACUUUUUAGACAUUGACGAUGAGGAAGAAGAAGAAGAAGAAGAGAGAGUAGAAGAAGGAGAAGAUAAAACCAAAACUAAUGGUGGUGGUUCUGAGUCAGCAUCAACCAAUGCUAGAUCAGUCAAGGUUCCUAAUGAUAUUCAUGAUAUUAUUUCUCAAAGAUUACCACCAGAAUUAUACUUUUACCAAUCUAUUGGUUUAUUGCCAUUGGAUUUAUUAGAAUCUAUCACCAAAGGUCAAUUAGAUGUUCGUCCACCGUUGGAGGUUUCAUUAUCCGAUGGAUACAAGAAAUUACUCACUUCUAGGAAUUACCAAGACUUGUUAGAUUACCAAUACAAUUUGAUUACUCAGUUAUUAGCGAGAUACUACCAAGUUAAAAAGAUUAGAGUCAAGUACUGGUUCAAAGACGAUGUUUUGGAAUUGAAUAAUAGAUUAACUCCACCUAUUUUCAAACGUAUUGAUAAAUUUUUCAUUCAAAGUGAUGAAUCUGAAGAUCAAUUCCAGUUGAACAAAUUCUUCAAGGAUAAAUUAACUGGGGAUAUGACUACUACCAAACAGAUCAAAACAUGCGAAGAUAUUAUUUCUACAGUAAUGUUGAGAACUUUGUAUUUGUACGGAAUUUUAAAUGAUAAAAAAGAAGUAUCACCUUUGGCCAAAGUUUUGAUUAAGUUUGCUAAUGAAAUUGAUGUUAGUCAACAAGAAGAAUUUGAACAAUUUGUGUUGUUGUUAUUGUUGUUACAAUCUAAGAGCAUUGUUUUGAAUGAACCAAGUAAAGAAUUCACAGAUGUGUCCAACUAUUAUAAGCAAUGGGGGUCAUCUUCGACUGAUCAACCACAACAAUCUGGUACAGGUGCUCAGUACAAGAGAGACAGUAUAAGUCAAGAAGAUUUAAAGAAAAUCACAUUAAUUUCUAGAAUUUUCUCAUUUAAUAAGUUCAAUAUUGGGCCAAUUAAUUAUCAAGGACCAGUCUCACGUAGUUUGUUAAAUUUCAGAAGUCAAAUUGAGUUUUUGAAUAAGAAUUUGCUCAAUAGUUUACAAGUUGUAUUGGUUGAUUUAAUUGUCCAUCAAGAGCAGAAUGAAAUCAAAUCAUUUGAAUCGAAGCAAGAUUGGUAUAAUUUGAUUAAUAACUUACCAUUCUAUAAGAGUAUCAAUAAUUAUCUUAUGGGAGUUAUUGGGGAAAUUUAUUUUGAAAUUUGUGCUAAACAAAAACAAGGAGAUGAUGAAGUUAGAAAGAAGAAUGCCAUGAAUCACUUGUGUGACUUUGUAUUCCAAGUUAAUUUACCUACAUUCAAUAUCAAUGUUCAUGGUAUUAAUGCUAUCAAUAAAGAUCAGUUGAUUAGUGAUUUCAAAAAGAGUGUUUCAUUCUGGGGAAAGUUUGUUAAAUUGAGUGAGAUCACUAAUGGUAUUGAUAAGAACUUGAUUAGUGAUAAAUUUUUGGAAGAAAUCAAACAAACGGAUAUAUUCUUACAAAAAUAUGUCUAA